AUGGAAAAAGCACUCCAAUGUUUUUUUGAGCGGUGGUGGAGUUUUAUACUAUAUUUUUUAAAGUUAUGUAUAAGUUAAUGUGUAUUUAUUAUGUAAUUUUGUAUUUUAAAUGUAUUUAGUCGCCGGUCCGUGAUGCAAAUUACAAAUAUACGUUUUAUUUCUAAGACCACUUAGUGUUACGAAGCAUGUUGAAACUAGAUCUACCAAUACUAAAAUAUUGCUAAAUCCUAUUUUUAAGUUGAACUGUUUAUCGAGGUAAUACACAAUAAUAAAAUUAUAAUUUGGUCCCUGAAAACAUUUCCUUUGUUUUGGGGAAAGUUUUUGUGCAAUACAACACAUGAAACUUUUUAACCAAUGUUUCGUCUGCUAUAUUGGGAAACUUCAUUUGGGUAAAAAACAUCCUAUUUGUAUUUAAUCUAUUUUCAAUUCAUUUCUGUAGAUUUCUUUCAGGCUACUUUUGUUCUAUUCAAUCCAAUGUUUCAAAAUAAUUCGACCCAAAUCUCAUCCCUCGGUUACCCCACUAGAGUGGAUGACAGCGGGGUCUUCCCUCUCCCACCAUGCAACAGCAAGCAACCUGGUAUAGUUAACACUCUUCUGUACAAUGGGUCAAAGUUCAAAGGUUAUCAGAAGAGCAAAGGGAAGUCGUAUGAGGUCGAAGUGACGUUACAAAACGUGGACCUGGAUAACUCAUAUUUGUGCGGGUAUCUGAAGAUCAGCGGACUCACCGAAGAAUUCCCGACAAUGACGACUUUCUUCGAUGCGGAGAUAAUUAGCGAGAGGUAUCCGUUCCUCACGAGGAAGUGGGAAGCCGACGAAGAGGUCGAUAUCAAACAUUGGAAAAAGUUUUCAUCUUUUUAUCUUUUCGCAAAAACUUUUAACGACGAUAAUUUCGAUUAUAACGAGUUAAAAAACAGUGAUUAUGUUUUCAUGCGAUGGAAGGAACAUUUCUUGGUUCCGAACCAUAAAAUUGAGAAUAUUCAUGGAGCGUCUUUCGCUGGAUUCUAUUACAUUUGUUUCCAGAAGUCCACGGCCACCAUUGAAGGUUUUUAUUAUUAUCGAACAUCGGAAAUGUUUCAGUCGUUGAAUUUAUGUCAUUCUCGUGAGCCGACAUCUGCUGUGUAUAUGUUUAGAUAACAUUUUUGUAGUUAAUGUUUAUAGCAGUUAAUAUGAGGUAUUUCAGUUUUGUAUUAUAUAUAAAUAUAUCUUGCACUGAGUAUAUUUUUAAGAAUUGUGUAUUUAUGAAAGAUUUGUUUGGAUAAUUUGCACCAGACAUGUUUUGUAAUCAUUUCUUUAAUCAUGUGGAAACAGGGCUGGAUAUGGAAGACUAGAUCUUUUGCAACAAAAAGUUAAUUCAGGAAAAUGAAAUUUAUUGCUAUCUGGGUUUAAAUUGUCAUAUUUACCAAACGAAAUUCGGGUUAAUUUAAUUAUUUUGAACAUUACUUAGUUCAACUAGCAUACCACUGAGGUCCAGCCCUGUUAUUUGUAGAAGCAUGAAAUUGUUCAAUGUUGUUCUUAAACUGGUGCAGUCAAUUUAACUUUGUUCACUUUUUUGAAGUAUUUACUUCAUAAAACAGUUCAAACUUAUAAUUAAUGGUGGAAAAAAUAACCUUUUUUCAUUGAAUUCAAUCGAUUUCAGUAAUUUGAAAUAACAUUUCAUAACUAUCCGGUAAAAUCUACAUAAAAAUUUAUAUAUGAAUGAAAAAUGCUUAAAAUAUUUGCUUUCUUUGAUUUAUUGAACAUUUACUGAGCAACUAACAUAUCAACUUCUGCUUUGUAUUUUGAACGUUUCUUUUCAUAUUAUAUUAUUUCAACAUUUUCGCAAUAUUAUAUCCA